CAAUCAUAGGGAGAGAAAAAGGGGAAGAGAAAGAGAAUCGAGAAAAGAGGCACGACACGAAACUCAGAGCAGCAACGAGUAGGGGAAGCGAUUCGGUGUGGCCGAACCCAUUUUAGUGGUUUCUUCUCACUCUCUAUGCAUGGAAGAGGAGGUGGAAGCGAAGAAGCAGAAGCCACUGAAGCUUGACUGGAGCGAGCUGCUUCCCACCAAGGACGACGACCCGCCACCUUUACUCAUCGUCAACUCCGAAACCCUCACCGGCAAGGCUCAGAGGCUUUCGCCGGAAAUGAGUUCCGAUCGACGAAACGAGGCAAUCGCACAGUUGAGCGAUCAUGAGCUUAACGAGAGGAUUAAGAGUACUGCGAUGAACAUUAAGAAUGGAGUCCUCAGCAGGUUGCCUGACAAAGGGGAAAAACUAAAAAAUUCUCUCAAGUCACUCGAGGACGAGAGGGAACGGAGGAAACGAAAGCGGGUUGAGACGAUUCACGUGGAGGAAGCUGAUGAACUUCAGAACCCUGCACAGUCUUUAAGCUCUAGCAUUGUGGGUGGUUCGAAAGACUUCAAAAUAGAUAGUAUGCCAUCUCGAGACCAGACACAGUCUACUUUUACUUCAUCUUUUCUUCAGAAGAUGGACGACCAUCAGUCAGAUUCUAAGACAGUCAAUGCAUUUGAAAAGGAGAUGUCAUUGUUGGGUCCAUGUAACAGUAAAAGAAUGAGAAACAAAAAUGCGUUCUUGCAGAAACAAGAGCAUAAUCGAUUAUCAACAAGAGUCUCGCCUAGAAAAUUUUAUAGCAAUUGCUCUUCUAAAAGAGGUCAGCUUGGUCUUUCAAAUGGUAAUCAAACGAGCAGAGCUUCUUUCGCCCAGUCUCAAGAUGAUGAAGAAAACCAGUCUAAAUUCCAUGCAAAAAAGAAGGAUGAUCUUCCAGUCUCGAAUUCUUAUGAUUCAAGGGCCAGAAGGGGACAGACGAUUGUUCUAGAUGAGGAGGAACCUCAACCUCAAGAGACAAUGGAGCAAAUAGAGAAACAUGAUGAAUCCAUGAAAGAGGUGAAGGUCUACUACCCAUCAAGUUCUAGGGAUGAUCCAGAAGCUGUUGAGAUUUCAUAUUCGGACUUUGACUGCCUUGCUCCUCAAUGCUACUUGACAUCAACUAUCAUGUGCUUUUACAUGCGGUACCUACAGCAACAUGCUUCUCCAACAAAUAGGGCAAUGCACGAUUGUCAUUUUUUUAAUACCUACUUUUACAAUAAGCUCAAAGAGGCUGUAUCUAACAAGGGGGGUGGCAAGGAUAACAUUUUUACCAAAUUCAGAAGAUGGUGGAAGGGUGUAAACAUAUUUCAGAAGGAAUACAUACUUGUUCCUAUAAAUGAAGAUCUUCAUUGGAGCCUGGUGAUUAUUUGUAACCCAGACCCGGAAGAAGAGUCAGGACCAAUUGUGCUGCAUUUAGAUUCAUUAGGACUUCACUCAAGCAGAUCAGUUUUUCAUAACAUUAAAAGGUUCUUGAAAGAAGAAUGGCAGUAUUUGGAUCACGAAGGAACUUCUAGUUCAGAUCUUCCUUUUGCGGAAAGCAUAUGGAGAAAUCUUCCUAACAAAAUCACAGAUAAAAUCAUUUCGGUUCCCCAACAAAGAAACGAUUAUGAUUGUGGUCUUUUUGUACUUUUCUUCAUGGAGCGGUUUAUCGAAGAUGCUCCUGGAAGGCUAAAAAAGAAAGAUUUAGCAAUGUUCGGGAGGAAGUGGUUUAAACCUGAAGAGGCUUCUGGUUUGAGGGUGAAAAUUCGAAAGUUGCUCACGGAAGAAUUCAAAAAUGCAAAAGCUAAUUGCACAUUGGAGUCUUCACAACCUUCACCUCCUAGUGUUGUUUUAGAAGAAUGAAUUACGAGCAACUGAGGUCUCUCCUUAAUCUUCAAGUGAUUACUUUAGAAGAAUGGACCGAGGCGAACUCAAAGGUUAGAUUGGUGCACAUUGCUUCUCAAACUCUAAUGCCUCUUUUGUAUAGUUCACAUAGUUGAUGAUGCAUCAUGCAAAUACAUUGCUUCUUACACAUUCAUUUAAGUCGUAAAUGGCGAAUCAGCUGUAUAAAGUUCUCUGAGAACAGUUUUGUAUAGAUCGGCGCAAAUGCCAUUAUUUCAAGAAUAUCAACCCGACCCGUUUGACUGGGACGCACGCAGUCACAAUUUCUGGUGACUUAAGGAAAUGUUCACCAACCAUGUAAAGUUCUACUAUUAGUUUUUAAUGUCUACAUUAAUACUUUAAUAGCAAAUUUGAGACUGAGAGCAUUCAUUACAA